CUUAAAAAAAAAAAAAAACAAAAUGACUACGAGUACAGUAUAUGCUGGUGUCCAUGUUAAAAAUAAACUAAGUGAUUUUUAUCCCGUUCACAAUAUUGAUAUGGAAAGGGAUGUGGCAUACUUGAAGAAGAUCAUUGCUGAACAGCUGGAGCUGCAGUUCGAUGCCAACGAACUUGAUAUAUGCUACUUGGGCAAGGUGCUCAGCGACAAUUCCAAACUAUCAAGCACAAUGAAACCAAACGCAAUUGUUCAUUGUUUUCGCAAAAUGAAGUGUUAUACACCAUACGAGCCGCCUGCUGCGAGUGAGAUCAAUACUAAGCACAUACAGGAGCUAUUUUCACUGACUUCGCACUUGCAAAUCAGUGUCACAUCUCGUUUUAACAUACUACAAAAGAUUCUGGCUGAGUAUCCUGAGUUUCGCCGCAAUUUGGGUGCUCAGGCACUGAUUCGCGACUCGGUGCUAUUCAAUAUGCUGCAUGAGCCGGAGGUGGUGCAGAAUCUGGUGCGGGAUUAUCCUUUAAUUUGUGACGCAGCUUCAUUUAUAGUCGAUACCAUACGCAAGGAAUUGGCGCGUAAUAGUUCUGCCACGCAGUUUCAAGAGCAAGCUGCCUCAGAGUCCACAACAUCAUCGGAAGAAGAGAAUUCUUUGGGUGCAGGCAGCAGCAGCAGUGGCGGUAGCAGCAGUACAGCAGCUGCCAAUUUGGCAGCCAAUCGGAGGGACGAAUUGGCUAACAUACGACAGAUCAGUCGCCAACAGCUGGCUAAUGCUUUGGCCCGCGUCGACAUGAGCUCCUUUAACUCGCUAUCAAAUAUAGCUCAACGCAAUGUAGAUGAGGCUCUAAACGAUGAGCGACCUCGUACCAGCACAUCGGCUGCUGCCAGCGGCACGGUCGCAGCUGCUGCUGGCACUACAGCUGGUAGUGCUGCUGCCAUCUCAUCAGAACUGUUGCGCAAUGAGCUGGCACGGGCUUUUCAAUCGCUGCAGCACCAGCAACCGACGCCAGCUGUGGAAAACAUGGACGUUGAGUCAGUAGCAACAGAUGCUAGUGAAUCGGCCGCUGUUGUUGACGAACCAGAGGAUGAUGAGGAUGAUGCUGUAGCUGGCGAUGACAGCGAUGUGCUGCCUCGCUGCUAUCGCCGGCAUCGCUUUACCGAUCAGUUGCGUACCAUGGCAGCCAUGGGUUUUAUAAAUCACACCCAAAAUGUUAAUUACUUGACACUGGCCGACGGCAAUGUCGAGCACGCCAUAAAUUUGCUAAUGUUGGGUAUGAACUGAACUGUGGCGCUAACCAGCUGUAUUUAUUCUGCUGU